AUGACUUUGCACAAGUUACCAAGAGCAACGUUGGAGCAGAAGAUUCAGAUCUUGGAUUACUACCAUCAAAGUAAUAGACCACAGCUGGAAACUGUCGAUAAGUUCAAAAAUGAGCUCUCGAUAUCAACAUCUUCUUUUAGUGAAUGGAUAAAAAACGAAGACGAUUUGAGAUCAAGAUUGAGCAAGGCGGAAUCAACGUUUGCAAAGAAUAGCAAGAGAAAAGUGAAGUUCAAGUAUGAAAAGAUCAACAAAGCGAUGGACCUCCUUGUUCAACAAAGAUUAGCCCGAGGAGAAGUUAUCAAUGAACCAAUUUUAAGAGAACAUUGGUCAAUUUAUGCUCAUGAAUUUGGGGUUGAUGAUCCUAAAAGACUAGUGGGAUUCAGUCAUGGUUGGUUAAGUCAGUUCAAAAAACGUCAUGGACUUACUAGACAGAAAUUAUCAAGAACUCUCCAUGUAGCUGAUGAUUUUGAUACUACAUUCAACGAAGGAGAUAAUGACAAUAAUGAUGAGACCAAUGAAACUUCCACCCCACAACCUCCUAAUGAAGAACCUCAAUCAAAUAUUCCAGGUACACAAAUACCCAGUGGCAUGAGAAUGAAUUUGAAAGACGACUACAAUAACAAUUUUUACGAAAAUGGUCUUAGAUACAAUAAUCAAAUCAAUUUUGGUUAUCCCAUUUUACAGCAGCAACAGCAACAGCAGCAGCAGCAGCAACAACAACAACAAGCCCAAGUUCAAGUACAACAACAAAAUCAACAACAAGUACAACAGCAAGCACAACAGCAGGCUCAACAACAAGCUCAACAACAAGCUCAGCAGCAAGCUCAGCAACAAGCCCAGCAACAAGCCCAGCAACAAGCUCAACAGCAGGCUCAACAACAAGCCCAACAGGUUCAACAACAAGUGCAACAACAAGUGCAACAGGCUCAACAAGUUCAAUCACAGGCUCAAUCACGUCCUUUACCUAAUCAAAUGCCUCAACAAUUGCAAAGACCCAUGGAUUAUGAACCCUUUCGUCCUCUGUAUGCAAAACAACGACAAGAUAGAUUUCAAGAGAGACCAAACAGAGAUAAACCUUCAAUUCUGGCAAUUGAAAUCGAAAGAUUUAUCUACAUGUAUGCAGAUAAAUUCUUCAAUGAUAACGGAUAUGAGUAUCCUAAUACAUUAAAAUUAUUCCAAGAAUUCAAGAACUCAUUCUUCAGUGAAAGAUUGGAAAAUAUGAGACAGCUGGGUAGAGGUAUGGCCGUUGACGAUUACUUCUUGAGGAAUGAAAAUAAAGAAUAG